AUGGGAAGCAUUAAUCAAUCUAGUUUAGGAACUAUACUCGCAUUUGAGCAAAUCAUUGAGGUUUUAGUUAACAAGGAGCGACUAAUUCAAACUGUUGUGACCAUGCUUGUGUCCCUGAUUUUCAUCUGCAUCAACAGCAUCAUGUUUCACACUCUCUUGAGUAAGCCUGUGUUUAGAGAGCUGCCUCGCUAUAUCCUCUUCGCCCACAUGCUCUGUAAUGACACCGUUCAGUUGGUGUUGUCCCCUGUGUUUUUCAUGUUAUUUCAAUUUUGGCAGAAGAUUCCUAAGUUUAUUUGUUCAUUUUUGAUUUUCUUGGCAGCAACCACAGCGAAUAUUUCUCCUUUAAACCUCGGUGUGAUGUCACUCGAGCGCUAUGUGGCCAUUUGUUUCCCUUUACAUCACAGUGAGAUGGCCACACAGAGAAUGACGGGUAUUUCAAUUGCAAUAAUCUGGUUCUUAGGUUGCAUAAGUGUUGUGAUAGAUAUUCUAUAUGCACUGAUAGUGGAUCCAUUGUCUUUUAAAGACCCCAUGUACUGUACUCGAGAGAUGUUUACUUUUUCACAAUGGCAAAGAGAUGUGUUUCAAGGGCUCGCUGGGUUUUUCUUUGUGGCAGUAACAGUUAUUAUCAUUUUUACUUAUGUCAGUGUUAUAUUGGCAGCUCGAUCUGCUUCAGCUGAUAAAGAAUCUGCUAAGAAAGCUUGGAGAACAGUCCUUCUACACUUUGGUCAGUUAGUACUUUGUCUAAACAGUCUGAUGUAUGGAACCUUUGAGAGAGCCCUUAUUAUGGUCAACAGCCGUAGUCUGUUCAUAAAUCUCCGUGUUGUGAACUUUCUUGUUGUUCUCAUUCUGCCUCGGUGCCUGAGCCCCCUGAUCUACGGCCUGAGAGACGAUGCUGUUCGGCCCUUAUUCCUCUACUAUGUCAGAUGUGGAACCCAAAAGGUCAAACCCUCUGUAACUGCCCACUGA